AUGUCAACAGCAAAGAUACUCGGCGCUGACCAGAGCUGGCCAUUGUGGGAGGAGAGCUCGCUUGAAGGGGCCUUUGAGCUGGACCUCCCUGGAGGUGUCAUAGACAAUGGUGUUGUUACGAAAGUCGACCGGCCUUUUCUGUUUGGCUACACCCCGGCGAAAAGCAAUGGUCGCGGCGUGCUGAUUCUCGGAGGCGGAGGCUACGUUCAGCUCAUGGUCGGCCGGGAGGGUGUCGCGGUUGCGAAAUGGCUCAACAGCCUGGGGUUCCACGCCUUUGUUCUUGUCCACCGGUUCCCCAAUUCCCAGGCGGGCGUUCAAGCGCCCCUCGACGAUGCCAGGCGAGCGUGUAAGCUCAUAAAGGAAAGUGGUCUCGCGCCCAAGGGACUGGGGAUCUGCGGUCUAUCCUCUGGCGGCCAUCUUGGUGCGGCUCUCCUUGCUGAGCAUCCUCAAGCAUGGGUCUCCCCCGACCUAGGGUCUGUGGGAGCUCAGUUUGCCAUUAUCGGGUAUGGUCCAAUCUCGACCAACGCCGUGGGUCGGCAGAUCGUGGCGGACAAGCCGCCGCUUCCGCCAGCAGAGAAGCAAGCGUUUUAUGAUGCAGUGCAGCCGGAUGUUCAACUGGAAUCGCCGGCCCCUCCGUCCUUCAUCGUCUACUCCAACAACGAUCCGGUUGUGCCAGUCGUCAACGCGUAUCGGUUGGCCGAGGGCAUAACGAAGAGCGGGGGAUCUGUCGAGCUUCACAUAUUUGCGGAUGCGCCUCACGGCUUUGGGAUUGACACAAAGGACCUGCCCGUUUCCAGCUGGCCGUCGAUGUGUGAAGCAUGGCUGCGGCAGCAUGGAUGGAUUGGAUAG